AUGCCACCAAAAAAAGAUGCAUUUGCCGAUCUAUUCCAAUCAGCAAACACCAAGAACAGCAAUGGUGUCAAUUCAAAACUCAAUAAAUUGUCCCUAACUGAACGUCAAAAGUUGGAGCAACAACAAAAACAAAAGACUCAUUUGUCGAAUUCAUCGUCCAAUUUGAAUUCAAGUUGGUCUAAUUUAGAUAUUUUAUCACCACAGUUGACUAAAAGCAAUGGUUCUCAAGUAUCAAGUGUUGCACUGUCGAUAAACACUAGUGCAAUGGGAUCAACGUCCCAAACACCACAGGCUAUUCAAGAAAUUGAUGAUGAUCCAUUUUCCAUCUUUGCAAAAUCUAGCAAUGGAGAGGUAAACAAGCAGGCAAUGGCUAAGCCUGUAAGUACUCAGGCGAGUGUUGCAAAGCCUCAGGAAACGUCUUUACUUGAUGAUGAUUUCACUGACUUAUUUCCUGAACAAAGGCGGGAACAGCAGCUGCAGCCACAACAACAACAACCAAGCAAACCUCUGAGACCAGAUGUGAUACGAAAGAACUCAAAUGUAUCGUCUACCAGAUCCAGUGUAUCCAUUCCUAGAUCUACCAAUGGCCGCGCAUCACCAUCUGCUAAAGAUCACACAAUUGCUGCACUCGUUGAUAUAGGAUUUACAAUUGAGGAUGCUAAUGAUGCAAUUUCACAUUCAGGUACUGAUUUACAAAAAUGUGUCAACUACAUCAUGAAUAAAAACACAUCACAAUCUAGAGCAAGUAACGAGGAUAAUUAUGAAGGCGAUUCUAUUCUUGGCAAACGUCCCGAUUCGAUCAACUUUAACGAAUUGGGCAACAAUUUAUUUCAAAAAGCAAAUACAUUUCUCAAUUUUUCCAAGAGGAAAGUGAUGGAGAAUAUUGAACAGUUCAACAGUGGUGGUAAUUCACCAUUUGAUAUAGGGAGAAGAUCAUCGCAAUCACCAAACCUUCCUGAGUGGAUGAGAAACCAAGCCAAGUACAAAUCACAAGCAUAUGAAAAGAAAUUUGGCGGCGAAGAUUAUGGAGAUGAUGAAGAUAAUAUAAAUCAAGAUGAAAUUGAUAAGUUUAUGCGUGUACAACGAGAGAAAGAAAGGCAGAGGUUAAGACAGAGAUUUGAUCAAAGAAGUGGUAGUGGUAGUGGCAUUAAUGGAGAUGAAGAUCGUGGUAGUGCGUCUUCUUCAGUUGCGUCGCCAAGGAACUCCAUUUCAAAAGAGUCUUCGCCAGCUCCACCAGCUAAACCUCCAAGACCUGCAGCAAGGAACAACGGUGGUGGUAUUCCAGCAUCACAAAAUGCAGCUACUUCUGAGAAACAGAAACAGGCAUCACCUACUGUGUCCCCAUUAGACAAGAGACAACAAGCCGCAACAGAAGAGGAGGUGGAUCUAUUAGGUAUAUCUACUUCAGGACACACUACAUCUAUAUCAUCCAGUUUACGUGACACUAGUCCAUUGAAUCAAUUCAUUGAGACAGAUUACACUACCCAUAAGGCCAAAGCUACCGAAGCAUUCAAAUCGGGAGAUUAUACCACUGCGUUAGAAUCAUAUACUACUUGUGUUUCGAUCCUUCCACCCAAGCAUGAAUUACGAGUGGUUAUGAAUUCCAAUUUAGCAUUGACUAAUAAAUUACAAGGGCAUUUGAAACAGAGUUUGGAGAAUGUUGAGAAAGCAUUAGAAUUGAUGCAAUUGGAAGAAUGUAGCAGUAAUCCUAAGGGUUUGCAAAAGACUGGUGGUGGCGGUGGCGAUAAUAAUACUCCACAAUUGGCAGGUAAACCAGUCAAGUAUUGGUAUUUAAAAGUGGUGAUUAUUAAAGCUGAAGUGUUGGAGUUGUUGGAAAAGUAUCAAUUAGCAUUGGAAACGUAUAAUCUAUUGGUGCAAAAGUUGGGGUGUAUGGAUAAGAAAGUAAUGGAUGGAAAAAGAAGGGUAGAUAAGAUAGUGAAUCCUGAUAAUUACAAGUCAGUGACACCAAAGCCAAAGCCUAAACCAACAGCAUCACCUGUAUCAACUGCACCUACCAAAAAGACCACCUCCAAAGCGGCAACAACAUCAUCUACUUCUACAGCAAAACCAUCAGAAGUAGCAGAAGAACUUGAUCCAUUGGAAGUUGAUGGACUUAACAAUUCGAUAACACAAUGGGCCGAAUCGAAAAAUAAUGACUUGCGACAAAUGUUGAUAAACUUGCAAGUGAUAAUCCCCCAUGGAUCGAUAAAUAUCAAUGAAAAUUUAUUAAAGUUAUCGUUGAAUGAUUUAGUGUUGCCAAAACAAGUGAAGUUGAAUUAUAUGAAGGUGAUUAGUUCUAUCCAUCCUGAUAAAUUAGCUAGUCAAUUUAAAUCAGGACACCUGGCAAAAGACAAACGAAUUCAAUUGGUAUGCAAUGGCGUUUUCAUUCAUUUGAAUGAACGAUGGGAAAUAUUUAGAAAAGAAGAAAAUAUAUAG